AUCUAUGAUGCUAAAAAAAUUUCCUAACAAACAACUCUAUGUGAAUCAAAACAGCAGCGAUUUCUUAUCAAAACACUCAACAUAUUUCUCAUAUAUAAAUAGCGACAGCAAAAACUCAAACAAACAAUAAAUUCAUUCAUUUAUUCAUAAACACCAUCUCAUAAAUAAUAGUUACUAUGAAGUUAUCGGUGAUAUUAUGCGCCGUUUUGGUGGCCAUAAUCGGUGGCACCGACGGUAAGUUACCGACAAACUACGAGUACUACACCGCCGGUGGCAUAAAGUCGGGACUGAGGGCCGACUCCGAGCACUUCACACUCAACGGCAAACAAAUCACUUUAUUUAGCGGUUCUUUGCAUUACUUUCGGUUACCGCACGAGUACUGGAAGGACAGGCUAUUGAAGUUCAGAGCCGCCGGACUUAACACAUACUGGAAGGACAGGCUAUUGAAGUUCAGAGCCGCCGGACUUAACACAGUGCAGACAUACAGCCCGUGGAACCUACACGAGGAGACUCCCGGCCACUGGGACUUCGAGACCGGUUUCCUAAACCUGAAGGGUUUUCUACAGGCGGCCAAAGAGGCCGACAUGUUUGUGGUGUACCGGCCCGGGCCGUACAUAUGCGCCGAGUGGGAAAUGGGCGGCUACCCGGCCUGGUUCCUGCGGGACCCACACAUCCGCCUCCGGUCCAACUAUAAGCCCUAUAUGGAGGCCGUGGGCCGGUAUUUCACAAAAGUGUUGUCACUCAUAGACGAGUAUCAGUUCACUAAAGGCGGACCCGUAAUAGCGAUGCAGUUUGAGAACGAGUUCGGAGGCAUUCAUAACGCCGACGACAAGGAGUACUUCCAGUUCAUGAGGACUACCAUUGAGUCCCACGGUUUCAAAGAGUUGCUCAUUAAUUGCGAUUCCGGUAUGAAUGCGGCCAACGCUAUGAAGACUGCCCUACCAGGUAUCUUAGAGACGGACAACUUUAAUUCGGACUCGCUAAAAAACCUGAACGCACUGCGCAAAGCUCAACCCAAUAAGCCGCUGCACGUGACCGAAUUUUGGCCAGGGUGGUUUGACAAAUGGUCGGAGAAGGGUCACCACCGGAUGGACGUCAACAGGUUUGAGAAGGAGGUGACGGAUGUCUUAUUCAACGCCAACUCAUCCAUCAAUUUCUACAUGUUUUUUGGCGGCACUAACUUUGGGUUCAUGAAU